GGGAGCGGUGGGGGCGGGGCGUCCGCGCUCAUAAAGGCGGUUGGGGCGGGUCGUCGGCAGAACUCGGUCGCGCCUGGAGUCGCUCUCUUCCACUGUCGCCAUGGCUAGCCAACCCAGGAGCCCACCCCGCUACGGGUGCCGCCGCGACGGGGCCGCUAGCCCGCAGUCCCCUGCCAGAUCGAGCCUCGGACGGAAGCGCAGAGCCGACGGGAGGCACCGGAAGCCCGAGGACGCAGAGGAAGCCGAGGGACCGGCCGCCGACCGCCGGCCCGAGAGCUUUACCACUCCUGAAGGCCCCAAGCCUCGUUCUAGAUGUUUUGACUGGGCAAGUGCAGUUGAAGAAGAUGAAAUGAGGACCAAAGUUAACAGAGAGAUUGCAAGAUAUAAAAGGAAAUUACUCAUAAAUGACUUUGGAAGAGAGAGAAAAUCAUCAUCAGGAAGUUCUGAUUCAAAGGAGUCUAUGCCUGCAGUGCCUGCUGAUGUGGAGACAGAUGAAAGUGUCUUGAUGAGAAGACAGAAGCAGAUCAACUAUGGAAAGAACACUAUUGCCUAUGAUCGCUACAUAAAAGAGGUCCCCAGACACCUGCGACAACCUGGAAUCCAUCCCAAGACCCCUAACAAAUUUAAGAAAUACAGCCGGCGGUCAUGGGACCAGCAGAUCAGACUCUGGAAGGUGGCUUUGCAUUUCUGGGAUCCUCCAGCUGAAGAAGGAUGUGAUUUACAAGAAAUACAACCUGUAGACUUUGGGGAAAUGGAGACAGAAUUCACAGAAAGCAGCUCUGAGUCCCAGAAAAGCUCACAGGAUAACUUUGAUGCGUAUGCUGGCACACCCACCAAAGUCAGACACGUGGACAGCCUAGUGGAGGAUGAAUUUGAUUUGGAAGCUUGUUUGACUGAACCCUUAAAAGACUUCUCAGCCAUGAGUUAACUGCCACCUGGUGGCUACUCAGAGCAACAGUAGCUUCUGCCUGGCCAGGAGGGAGGCUGUGCACUUGCGCUUGGAUGGUUUCUCUGUGGAGUUUAUUUUCUCAUGGUGAAUUGUUGUUCUUGCCUUAUUUUUAUGAAUAGUGAGUGUUUUGCAUGUUUUAAGUGGUCAAUGGAGCGACAUCCAGUGAAGACUGAACCUCGUCCUCUUUUAAUGCUUCAUUGCUUGAUGUCUACCACCUUCCAAGUCAGACAGCAGGAUGCUUCUUGUGAUCUUACACAAGAAUGUGAGACUCUAGUUGCCACUUCUCAGAUGGGUUUGCUGUGGAAUUUGGCCUUGUGUUCAUGGGACCAAUCUAGAGUCCGCUGUCUUUACAGCUAACAGAUAAAGUAUUCUCAGAGUCAGAUGGCUCCAAUGACUUUGGAAAGUUAUUUCCUGGUCUUUGAUCAAUGUAUCAAAGUAGUUUUCCUUCGUAGAGCUCUGAACAAAGAUGUUUAACGAGCUGUUGCAUUAAUGGAUUUUAUGUAAGUUAUACAGUCUUAAUUUGGGAUUUGUAAAUAGCACAAGAUAGGAUCUUAGCAUAUGUUCUGAAAGUGGAGGCAGCAGAGAAGGAUUUAGAGAGGUUUUUUUUAAAUCAGUUAAUUUACGAUGUAAUAUUGCUGUAAAUGAUAAUGUGUACAGAUUUCCUUUUCAAUUGUAAACCUGUCUGUUUGCAUUUCUAUCGCUUUUGUAUGGAAUGAUAUUGCAGAAAUAAAAAGAACCUUUAACUGAUUU